UGGAGCUAAGGGAGGAGCCCACAGGUAGUUGCCUUCCACCAAGGCACCUGGAAAGGUCUCUGUGGCCAGGCCGUGAGGGAGACAGGUUCACUCCGGUCACUGCAGAGACUAAAGGCCUAUCCCGCCCUCCUGCCCCUUGUGGCCAUUCCUUUCCUGAGAAACCAGACAUUUGUCUCACCUUCCCAGCCUUGAUCCUGGGAUUCCUUACCUCAGAGCCCACACACAGAUCCUGCCUUCAAAACCAGCUCUAGGCUCCUUCCAGUCCUACCUGGAGUCCCCCCCCAGGGGCCCUCAUCCUGGGCCAUGGCCUUAUGGUCGGGCCUGGGGCCUGGGCAGCUGGAAGCUGCAGCCAUUCUGCUCUUUCUUGGAUUGUUCCAGCCAGGGAUGGGAGCUGACGGGGCCGAAGCCCACUGUGGUGUAGUAAUCCAGGCACGCAUCACAGGCGGCAGCAAUGCAAAGCCUGCUCAGUGGCCCUGGCAAGUCAGCAUCACCUAUGAUGGAGGCCAUGUGUGUGGUGGAUCGCUUGUGUCUGAUCAGUGGGUGCUGUCGGCUGCUCACUGCUUCCCCAGGGAACACUACAAAGAUGACUAUGAGGUAAAGCUGGGGGCUCACCAGCUAGACACCUAUACCAACGACACUGUGGUCCGCACAGUGGCCGAGGUCAUCUCUCACCCCAGCUACCGUGAGGAGGGCUCCGAGGGUGACAUUGCACUCCUUCGCCUCAGCAGCCCCAUCACCUUCUCCCGCCACAUCAGACCCAUCUGCCUCCCUGCAGCCAAUGCCUCCUUCCCCAAUGGCCUCCUCUGUACUGUCACAGGAUGGGGUCAUGUGGCCCCCUCAGUGAGCCUCCAAACCCCUAGACCACUGCAGCAGCUUGAGGUGCCACUGAUCAGCCGUGAGACCUGUAGCUGUCUAUACAACAUCAAUGCCAAGCCUGAAGAACCCCAGUCCAUCCAGCAGGACAUGCUGUGUGCUGGCUAUGUGAAAGGAGGCAAGGACGCGUGCCAGGGUGACUCUGGAGGCCCACUCUCCUGCCCUGUGGAGGGCCUCUGGUACCUAACAGGCAUUGUGAGCUGGGGUGAUGCUUGUGGAGCCCCCAACAGACCUGGAGUAUACACCAUGACUUCUAGCUAUGCCUCCUGGAUCCACAACUAUGUGGCAGAACUCCAGCCUCGUGUGGUUCCCCAAACCCAGGAGUCACAGCCUGAUGGCCACCUCUGCAAUCACCAGUCUGUCUUCAACUCAGCCCAAGCCCAGGGAUUGCCAAGGUCCAUUCUUCUCUUGUCACUGGGCCUGACCCUGGGCCUCUUCUGCCCUUGGCUUGAACAUUAAGCCACUCACCUUCAAAGCUGCCUGUGCUUCCAGGACUGACAGUACACCCAAGGACACAUGCCUGUUUCCAAGAAGGGACCUGGUCUUUGCCUUACCUCCCCCCAGGACUCUUUGGGAGGCCAGUAUACCAUCUUGAUCUUUGAGCCCAUUUUUCUGGACUUGCUCUUUGGGACCAUAAUCUAGGUCUAAGACAUUUAUAGUCCACAUUUAUAGUCUGUGGAAGGCCACCUCUCUAUACUGUCUGCAGCUUAUUGGUUAGGCUCCUGUGGAGCUCCCAAGAUGCCUCAUCUAUGAAGAUGAGCCCUGACUUCCACCUGUUUCUAGCAGAAUGCUGCAGAAAGCUGGCUUCAGGUCCCUAGCCACCCUGCCUGAUGAGCCCAUCACUCUGUCCUCUUCCUGUCUUCUGGGCUUUGCCUGUCUUUGAGACAGGAAAGACCUCAACCUUGCCCCACUGGCUGCCAACCCCCCUUGAACCCAACUCCUGUACUCCGGAGGACUGAGCCCCCACUGGAGCUGGCUGGGGCUUGGAUCAGGGUGAAGGAUAAAGGAGCAAGGAAUAAAAUGUCUGGAACAUA